UGAAGAGAUGCGCUGCUGCUCUGGCUCGUCUUGAGCCUCUUUCUGUGCUGUGAAGGAGCCUAAGAAGGAGGCGCGUCUUCUGAGAACACAAAAGGGAACGAGAGACAGCGCACGUUUGCCACAGAUCAAUAAAGAAAACUAUGAUAGCAACUGGUGGAGUUAUCACAGGACUGGCUGCCUUGAAGAGGCAAGACUCUGCCAGAUCUCAGCAUCAUCUAAAUCUAACAGCGUCGCCAGCCACUGAAGAGCAAAAGCCAAUCAAGCGCCGACCCCGGGCAGAUGUAGUCAUCGUCCGAGGCAAAAUCCGACUUUAUUCCCCAUCAGGAUUUUUCCUGGUUCUCGGUGUGCUCAUUGCAUUCCUGGGGAUUGCUAUGGCAAUCCUUGGAUACUGGCCCCAAAAGGACCCUUUUCUAGAGCCUGGAGACAGCCUGUCGCUAAAUGAGACCGAAGUUAUAGAAAAGGAAGGAGGAAUUAUCAUUCGUUUCUUUGAACAGCAUUUACAUUCUGAUAAGAUGAAAAUGCUGGGGCCUUUCACUAUGGGAAUUGGAAUCUUUAUUUUUAUUUGUGCCAAUGCUAUGCUCCAUGAAAACCGUGACAAGGAGACAAAAAUCAUACACAUGAGAGACAUCUAUUCUACUGUCAUUGAUAUACAUACCCUGAGGAUCAGUGAACAAAAGCAGCUGAAUGGAGCUUACACGGGCUUUGUGGGGGAGCCUGAAAUCAAGCAGAGUGGAAGCUCCUGUGCAGCACGGCUGGCAGCCAAUACAAUUGCACCUUUUUCAGGCUUUGCAAGCAACUUUCAAGUGGACAGCAAUACUGACGAAGAUGAAAUGUCUGUGAGUGACAGAAAAAAUGCCACUCAUCUUUUACCACCUUUGCUGACUGAGCGCUCUGGUUCAGUCUUUGGCCUCUAUGCUCACUCUGGGAAAGGAAAGGAGGAUAGGAGCACUGGCUCUCUAAAAUGUGAAACAAAGUCCAUUGUGUCAUCCUCCAUUAAUGCUUUUACAUUACCAGUAAUCAAACUAAAUAACUGUGUGAUUGAUGAACCCAGUAUAGACAAUAUUUCUGAGGACUCUGCAAGCACCAGAGGCCAGCCUAGAAAUUUAUCUAUGGACUCUCUAGCUGUUCCGUUAGCUGAUACCAAUGACCAUUACAAACCUGCUUGUGGACUGCUACCAAGAAGCAGUUUAUAUGGUGACUCUUCACCCAGUCAGUCCAAAUCUGCUAUGACUCUUGGACCAAGCACUGGAAAGCUUUUGUCACCUGGUGCAGCCAGAAAGCAGUUUGGAUCAAACACCUCUUUGCAUUUUUUGUCUGCACAUUCAAAAUCCCUAGACUUAGACAGGGGACCUUCAACCCUCACUGUCCAAGUUGAACAAAGAAAACAUCCAAGUUGGCCAAGACUGGAUCGGAACAACAGUAAAGGUUAUAUGAAACUAGAAAACAAGGAGGACCCAAUGGACAGGCUGCUUGUACCACCAGCCUCAGUCAAGAAGGACUUCACUAAUAAAGAAAAGCUUCUUAUGAUUUCCAGAUCUCAUAAUAAUCUAAGUUUUGAACAUGAUGAGUUUUUGAGUAACAAUCUAAAGCGUGGAACCUCUGAGACAAGGUUUUGAUAGACUAGAAUAAUAAUUAAUGAAGUAUGUGACAGUAUUUUUUAAGAAAACAAUUUUGACAUGUGACUUUUUUGUUUGUCUUUUUGUUUCCAGUGAAACUGGUGCAAACCUGUUUUUACCAAAUGUUUCUAUCAGAUUAAAUUGCCUUGUGUUAGCAAAGGUUAUUUCCACCUCUGCAAUGCCAAGUGUUUAAUGUCAAACAGCUUGUUCAUCCAAGCACUUAAACUGGCAUAAUGCCAUUUGAAUGGGUUUUGUGCUGAGAGGGUGGCUUAAGAAUUGACGUCCUCUUAAUUUACAAUUGCAAUACUGUAAAUUGUCACCACUCAACAUAUAUUGGUGCCUCAGAUUCUGUUUUCCACCAGUCUCAUUGCUCUUUUGUUUCUGUUUUAGCAUGCUAUCUUCCAUUGCUACAAGACACCAAAAGAGCUGACAGGUUAAGCUUCUGCGUGCAUCAAUGAUAGCAACCUUUUAACUAUGGUGCUUUUAGCUGAAAACAGAAGGGGAUUUAAGGUUUCCAGUGGGAUAGCACAAUUUGAUCCUUUUGAAUGGCCUUCUAUUCUACAUUACAAACAAUUUUUGAAACUGUUCGGAAGAGGUUUACCAUGUUAUAUAGGUGCUGCUCAUUGAGAAACAAAAACUCAAAUUUCCCCUAGGUAUGAGGGAUUAAUUAGUUGCCUGGUUCUCUGGAUCCAAGCAAUAAUGUGGAUAAUGGGCAUCUUUCUUUGAAAUCUUUCUCUCAUGCAAUUGAAACAAAUAUAGAAUUAGGGUGAAAGUCCUAUGUAGUAACAAAUAACAUUUAUUCCAGCAGAGCUUGCACACUGUAAGAUCCCAGUAGGUUUUGCCCCCUGGAUGGGAUUUGAGAAACAAGAACAAGUAUAUAGACUGAAAACCAGUUUUGUGAAUUUGAUAUCAGUUACACUGAAUACCAAUGUCAUGUGUUGAGUAGUUCUGUUGUAAUGAGGCAAGGGCCAGAGAGUGAAAUGCUACAGGGGAUCUAGGAAGAUAAGCUGUGAGAACAGAAGGGCAAGAAGUGAAUAAGGGUCCAUGCUAGCCAACAAAGGCAUUCUCUGAAAAAAUUGGCUUUUUUAGCCAGUGUAGUUAGUAGUUAGAGAAUUGGACUCAGAACUGGUUUGAGUUUGAGCCAGGUUUGAGCCAGUCUCUCUCAGCAUAAACUACCUCGCAGAGUUUUCGUGAGAUAAAACAGAGGAGAGAAGAAUGAUGUAAACUGCUUUGGGUGCUUAAUGGAAAGAAAGGUAGAUAUAAAUGGAAUGAGUGAGUGAGUGAAUAUUUAGAAUGUAUGAGGAAUUAAUACAGGUCCCAUUGGGGAGAAGGUGUGGAAUAAUUGAAGUGAAUUAAUAAAUAAAUAUUUAAAAUGUAUUAGGAAUUAAUAAAGGAAUGAAAUAUAGUAAGGUUAUAUAGUAGGGUAGUUCAGGUCAGUUUUGAGUGACAGAACUACCUGUCAGGAUUGGGAUUGCAGGAAAUUCAAACCGUCAACACAUUUUAAAAACAGACGUGUGAAGAAGAGGAAUUUUGCUUGUAUAACAGUCACUGAUUACAUGUUUUAAUGAUUAUGGUACAGAUUGAAAUAACAAAUAUUGCAGUUCAGUAACCAUAUUCAUGUUAAAUAUGAAACUGCUGUGGACCAUAUUUUUAAUUAUUAUAAAAUCACUUUAUGCGAAGAUAAACUAUAUUAUGAAUGCCACAAAGAUGAUCACCUAAAAGGCAAAUGUUAUAUGUCUUCCAGUCAGGUGGUCACCACUGAAGAGAGUUAUAGCUUAAAAAAUUAGUAAUUUGAAUUGGUCAACUAGGAAACCUCUUUCUGUUUCAUGAAGAUAAUUAGACCCUACUGUAAUUAACCAGUCUAGUGUAUCCCUGUUCACCCUGUGGAUUGGCCAAUGGGAUCAUCAUGUUAAUUGGCCUUUUUAGCAGUUGUUUCAUAUUCUUCAUUAACUCAGGAAUUAUUUUAAUAGUUUCUCCCAAAACAGUUAUGUCAAAAUAUUGUACUUCAGUUGAAUAUGAAAGGGAAAACAGAAUUUUUGUACUGAUUUCAAGCUCCAUAUCCAUAUCCUACCAAUGCCAUGUUUCAGUAUCAAUAGCAUUAUUUGCCCAGUGAAUUAAGGCAUAGUGUUAGACUCCCAAGCCUAUAUAUUGUAAAAAAGUUAGUUAAAUAUUUUGCUAUGAAGCUUUUAAUA